CCCAUCAUGCGGCCAGGAGGGUUCCACGGCACCCUAACCAGACAAGAAACUCCACCAUAUUACUUACCUCAGCUACCUAACCACCCACGCACGGCUUUUUUAACACACGGCUCCCUGGCUACUUUCCCAAACCAUGUUUCCCGUCUCUGGAGGGGCUUCCAUGGACGACCUGCUAGGGCUCGUCCGUUUGCUCUCAUCCCAGCAGCAGCAGCAGCAGCAGCAGCAGCAGCAGCAAGCGCCGCUCUCCACGGACGGUGCGGUCGUUCAGCACGACCUGGGCACGGCGGCUCUCCUCUCGUCGCACCUUUCCUCCAACUCCGACAGCGCCGCCGCCGCCGCCGGCGCUGCUUCGUCCAGCUUCGUGGGGGCGGUGGGCUGGGCGCCGCUGUCCCGCGCGGAGGUGCUGCCGGACUCGCUGCCCGCCGCCGACACGGCAGGCCCGCUGCGCACGGCUAGCGGCACGUGGCUGGGCGGUAGCAGCCGAGUGGCGGACCUGCUGGGGCAGUGGACGGCGGCGGGGCGGGUGUGGAGCCCCGCGCCCGUCGCUACGCGGAGUGGCAGGGCAGUAGGCCCCACUGGCGCGGAGAGCAUGUUGGGCGGGCAGACGAGCGGCGGAGUGCACGGAGGAGGAGGCUUGAAUGCGAGAGUGGUGGUAGGCGGUUUAGGAAGGGGUGGAGACGAGGGUGGCUGGGAGGCGAUGGGCAGAGGAGGAAUGGCGGCCGGCAAUCCCAGGGAAGCGGAGCCUGCUGACCACAUGAUGUGGGAGGGGCACGCGGGCACGGGAGUGAGAGGGCUGCCUCGCGCGUCCAGCAGUCCCGGCGUUGCGCCCGACACGGGGUUUGGGGGGAGGGACGGGGAAGGGCCCCGGGGAGAGCGCGGGUUUGAGGGGGGCGCGAGCAGGGGGUGGAGAGGACAGGCAGCGGAAGGCGUGGUGGGCGCCAGUAGCUGUGUGAACAGCAGCCGUGGCGCAGCAGGCGCGGGAAUGGUCGGGGCAGGGGACAGUGCCCGCGCGUGGCAGGGGCGCAUUGGCAUCGCACAGUCAGGGGAGGAGCGAGGUGUGGCAGGGGGUGGCACAGUGGCAGACGGCAGGGCCAUGGCGGGCAGCGCACUGGAUCCGCGCACUCAAGCCCUCGCGCCUGAGACAGGGCAGGUUAAGCAAGGGCAGACGCAGGGUGGGGGCGAGGCGGAAGGGGGGGAAGAGGGGCUGGAGGCGCUGAGGGAGGCGGCGGCGGCGGCGGUGCAGCUGUCGGAGCGGCUGCGCCUGCACGUGGACCUGCUGUGCGCCGAGCUCGCGUGCACGGAGCACUGGCGAACGCCGGGCGGCACGGCCAUGGGCGGCGGCAGUAACGGCGAUUCAGAGGAGAGCAAAGUACUGGUGAUCAUCCUGCGCAGGAAGAUAGAUCGGUUCUGUGGCCAGGGCAUUGAGUGCUUCGCCGCGUGCCGACGACUCGUUGCCUCCACGCCUCUCACCCCCUUGGUGGCUCAGCGUAAUCAAUUGCAGAAGCAGCAGCAGCAGCAGCUGAAUCAGGCAAUACAAAUGCAAAAACACCAUGAAUUACAACAGGCCAAUGCCCAAUUGCAGCUGCAGUGGCAGAAGCAGCAACAGCUAGAACAGCAGCAGCAGCAGCAGCAGCAGCAGCAUCAACAGCAACUACAACAGCAACUACAACAGCAGCAGCAGCAGGAGCAGCAGCAGCAGCAGCAUCAACAGAAACUACAACAGCAACUACAACAACAGCAGCAGCAGCAGCAGCAGCAUCAACAGCAACUACAACAGCAACUACAACAGCAGCAGCAGCAGGAGCAGCAGCAGCAGCAGCAUCAACAGCAACUACAACAGCAGCAGCAGCAGCAGCAGCCGGGGGAGGAGCAGCAUGUGUUGGAGGGGGCGGUGCAGGGGUCCAUGGGAGACACAAGGACGCCAGGCGCACCUGCUGGAGGCGGUCUCUUUGUACAGGGGCAGGGGCAGGGGCAGGGGCAGCUAGGGGCAGCAGUGGGUACUGCAGUGCAGGCGCGGGGGUCUUACGGUGCUGCGGGGCGGGUGAAGAUGGCAGGCGCGCAGACGUACGAGAGCAAGGGCAUGCAUGGUGGUGGGGGGACCGAGGUGAUGGGAGGCACUGUAGGUGAGGCGGGAUUGAAGGGUGGGCAAUGUGUGGAGGGUGGGGCUGGUAUGGCGAGCGCAGGUGGUGCGCAGGGGCCAGGACGGGAGGCGAGGGUGGCAGCAGCAGCAGCGGCGGGCAGUCAGAGCCAGGGCUCGGGCUUUGCCUUCGCUGUAGGCGGUGUUGGCAGUGACAUUCAGGGCAGCCCCAGCGGCCUGCCUGCACACACUCCCUGGGGCGCGGGGUUCACAGGCAAGGGUGCAGGCUCCAGGGAGGGGCAGGCAGGAAGGCAAGGCCAGAGAGAGGCGCAGGAGCAGGAGCAAGAAGAGAAGGCAAAGCAGGCACAGGAUCAGGGGCGGGGAGAGGGUCUGAGGGGGGUGCAUGGCUGGGCAGCCGAGGCAGGCGGGCACGGUCGAGACGUGGGUGAGGGGGAGGCGGGGACGGGUGCGGGUGGGCGUGCGGUGGAGGGCACGGCGUCGCCCGCGCUGAGCACGGCGUCCUCGUGGCCGUCGCAGCACGACUCCGCCCCGCCCGCCCAUGGUGGCACGCUCCUCCCCGGCCGCAGCACGGCGGGGGCAUGCGAUGUUGAUGCUGCUGGUGCUGCUGUUGCUGCAGGGGUGGGCGGAGUGGUGCAGGAGGGUGGGGUGCAGGGUGAGGAUGCGCAUGGCAAAGCAGCAGGGCAGUCAGAAGCAGAGGGGAAAGGACAAGGGAAGGGUGGCAGUGGCAAGGCGUGGAGCAGCAGGCAGCAGCAGGGUGUGGCAGGGGACACUGCUUGCACUAUGGCGUCCCCUCCUCCUCCUCCUCCUCCUCCUCCUUCUCCUCCUCUGGAUGCUGCCUUGCCUCGCCCCAGGUCACCGUACGUGCCACAGCAGCAGGAGCAGCAGCGCAGCCAUUCGCGCAGCCCAUCCCCACAGCCGUACUCCCAGGCAGCAGCGCAGCGGGAGGGGCAAGGUCGGCUGUUGGCAGGCAGUGGCAGUGGAAGCGGCAGCGAUAGUGGCAGUGGUGAUGGCAGCGCCAGUGAUGGCGGCAGGCGUGCAUCCCCUGUGAAGCCACCCUCGUCCCCCAAGGACUCCACCACCUCUCCCUCCUCCACCCGCCCCACGCUCCCCACCCAUGCCACCCCCACCGCCCCCUCUGCCCGUGUCAGCUGGGGCGGGGAGUGGGAGUGUGGGCUGGAACGGCAGGCGAGUACAGCCGGCACGGAGGGGGAGAGAAGGGAGGAAGGAGCUGCAGCAGUGGGCCGGGAAGGCGCAAGAGCAAGCUGGGGAGUGGUGCGUGGUGGUGGGGUGGCAGCAGUACUGGGGGCACCUGGAGGGGAAGUACGGCCAGCAGCAGCAGCUGCGGGGUGGCAGGGGAGGGCAAUGGGGGGGUGGGACAGUGGAGAGGCUGUCUCUGCAAGUCCCUUAAGCGCGUCUGCCACGCCUGUUGGCGGGGUGGUGGGGGUACAAGGGGGCGAUGGGGCAGGGCGCAUGGCCGGUGUGGCCGCACAGCAAGCAGAGGUGGGGCUUGGGAGCGGUGGGGGGACUGGAGGUGGUGCGGGUGGCAAGGGAGGGGGCGCGGGGAAGCGGCGGGCGUCGGAGAUGUCGGCGGACACGAGGGGGACGAGGGGCUCCAAGGGGGGCAACACCAGCGACGGCAGCAAGCGCACCAAGAGGUGCGCCACAAGAGCAUUUGACGCGGGCGGCCCUGCUGUGCCGUCGUCGCUGCUGGCUCGCCUCACCUCAUCCGGUCCGGUGUGCUACUUGCUGGUGACUCGUUCGUUGGUAUUGCCAUGCCAUGCCAUGCCAUGUACUGCGCCAUUCAGUCUCCCAUGGCACUCGAGUUCCUCCCCCCUCGCCUGUGGCCCCAUGUGGCUGGCUGGCCGGUGUGUGCCUGCCCCCCUCAGGCCUCGAGCAGCCACGGAGGAUGCGGUGAUCGUGACAUCGCUGGAUGACGGGUGGCACUGGCGCAAGUACGGCGAGAAGCCCAUCGUUGACAACCACUUCCCACGGUCAGCCACACCACACUCGCCAUGCCACACACCCCACUCACUUGCCCGCCACCGUAUCCCCCCUGCACCAACCCCAUUCCUGCUUCCCGCACUCCUGUAUUCCUCCACAAAUGUGCCACCAGCGUUGAUUCAAUCCCUGCCCUUCCAUCUGUCCCUCGCCAUCCCACCAUCGCCGCCUGUGCCCCCAACCAACCCCACCCCCCCGUGCAGCGAGUACUACAAGUGUUCGCUUAAGCGCGGGCUGCGCUGCCCCGCGCUGCGCCAGGUGGAGCGGUGCAGCGACGACCCCUCCAAGUUCCGCGUCUUCUACAACGGCGCGCACACGCAUGACCGCCCGCUCUCGCGCCACCGCCCCGCGCCCACCUCGUCGGGCCUCAUGAGCACCAGCAGUGGCGGCCCUGCCAGGUCUGACCUUUCUGCCCAUGGCAGGGCAGGGCAGGGCAGCCGGGGGGGCAGGCGGUCUGCUGCUGCCGGAGCUGCCGUGAUGGCGUGUGGCGAUGGCACUGGUGAUGGUGCUGGAGCUGGAGGAGCCAGUACGGGCAGGGUAGGAGGAGCAGUGGGUCCACUGGUGCGAGAGGACGGAGCAGGUGGGGGAGAGGGGGGCCACGCGAGGCAGGAGAGCGAGCAGCAGGUGCAGAGGGUGGGAGCAACAGGGUUGUGUGAGGAUGCGUUGACGGCAGCGCCAGCGGCACCACAGCCAGACCAUGAUGGUGUGCGAGAUGCCGCCCAUCCCUGCAGUGACCAUGCCCCUGUGGCAGACAGCCAUGGCAACGGCAACCGCAACGACGAUGACGAUGACGAUGGUGGCGAGUUCGGUGGAUUUGGCAUCGUCAUUCCGAGAACGGCAGAUGCGUCUGCCCCUGCAGCCAUCCUGCCGUUCUCGUCCGCAGGUGCACGUGCACUUGCCUUGGAGCGCAGCUGUUCCAUGCAGGGUGAGACCAUGACACCUCGUGACUCCUCCCUGUCCUCGCCCUGCUCCGCUUCUGCUGCUGCCACCAACCAUCUUGUCGCUCCAGCGGCGGCCCUUUUCAGCCCUGCUGCAUCCACUGCUGCCCCUGCUACUGCCUGGCCGCGCCUUGCAUCAUCAUCCGCAGCAGCAGCGGCAGCGGCAGCGGCAGGCAGUGGGGGGGAGGGCGCCGUGACCCCUACGAGCGUGCCUGCAGCGGGCAGUCACUAUGACCCCUUCACCUCGACCCUCUCGCCCCUCGCAUCUGUGGCCUCUCGCCCCGCCCCGCGUGCCGCGUGGCCUCCCAACGCCUCCCUGUGGCCGCACACCGCUGCUGCCCGCACCCUCUCUCGUGCGGGCGCCAGCGCUCAGGCAGGCGCAGCAGCCAGUGGGGACAGAGGCUUUGCUGGAGACGUGGGAGGGGAGGAGGGGGAGUGCGGCGCCGGGACGAUGCAGGAAGGAGCAGGGGAGGAGGGAAAUAGAAGGUUCGGAGAGGUGGACGGAGGCAGUGAGGAGUGUGGGAGAGCAGGAGGAGGAGGUGCGGGGGGGGACGAGCAGAGCAAUGGUGGUGUGGGGGAGUUGGGGGACGUGCCUGGUCUCACUCUUCCGGCCCAGCCAGCGCUGGACCUGCAAGGCUUCAGGUGGCAUGACGAGAGCACACAGCUGCAGGGGCAGCAGCAGGGAGGCACAGAGCGCGGGAUAACAUGGGGCCCACUUGCUGCCACACACCCAGGCAUCCAGCCACCCAAGGGAGGAAUGUGGCAGGAUGAGUCACAGCAGGUCAAUCAGGCACCUUUCAUUUCCUCGCCGUCCACUGGCCCACCUACUACCGCGCUGCCCACAGCUACCCACCCGCCCACUCAGGACCCGGUGCUGCUGCAGCUGCAAUCGCUGCCGCUGCCCCACUCGGCACGCUCGCAGCGCGCGGGUGGCGAGGGUGCAGGGGGCGGCAGCGAGCCCAGGUACAAGGCAGUGGCCAUGGAGAUGGAGGUGGGGGUGGAGGUGGACGGCCAAGCACCUGCGCCUGCGCUGGGCGCAUCAGAGGCAGCAGCAGCAGCGCCCACAGCGGCGCCCCCUUCUCCGCAGCGCACAGCGCUGUCGUCAUCAGGCGGGCCUGCGAGGGUCACCUGCGAGUCAGCAGGGGGCGCGGCGACAGUGGCAGAGGGGUCGAUCAUGGAGAGUGGCAGCGGGGGGGUGGGUCCGCCGGAGAUAUUCGUGCCGGUGAGGCGGCCGCUGGACAUGAUGCGGCAGGGCGACGACGAGGCGCUCUCACCCCCCACCAUCUCGCCCACACUCAUGGGGCUGCUGCGCGCCUUCAACUCACCCCGGGGGGCCUCCUGGUAGCCCCCCUUGUUAGAAUACGAGAAUGACUAGAAACAAGGGAGAGCAAGGGAGAUAUAGGGUUGGUUGGAGUUGUACCCUCUAAGAACACACACCUAUCUAGCCUAUAACUUCUACAUACAAAUAUAUGUAUAAAUUGAAACAACCACUAGGCUAGAUAAGGGGCAGUGCUUGUCAAACAUGUGUAGUUAUCAUGUUUGUAUAGACUGUAU